AUGUCACCCCCCACCCGCGCGUGGGCCGUGCGCGAGGACCGCGCCCACGCUUACACACACGCUUACGCGUGCACGCGCGAUCCCUCACGCCGUGUGAUGGCACUGGGCGCUGCGGGAACGGCGUGGGGGCUGCACCUCUCCCGAGAGGAUGGGGAUGGAGAGCGAGGAGAGGACGGAGCUGUGGAAUUUGGGGGGCUCCCAGCACUGCGCUGGCAGUCUGAGGGCUGCAGCCUCUCCUGGGAGGAUGCUUUUCCAGGCCAGGGACCACCUUGGAACGAGCUUGGCAGCCCCCACCAGCACGGGAUCAUGACCCUGAGUCGUCCCCUUUCAGACCCCCUGAACCUGAAGCGAUCACCCACCGGUGUCACCACCCUGACGUCGUCCCCGGAAAAACCACUCCCACACGAACCCAAAUCCCCCACGCACACAUGCAAACACGCAGAAAACACGUGUGUUCAGCCAGGCGCUGACAGCAGCCCCGAGCCCCCCCGGCCCCCCACGCCGGGGGCUGUGCCGGCGGCCCGGACACCCCUGUCCGACUCCAGCAUCGACCUGCAGACCGUGAUCCGCACCUCCCCCAACUCCCUGGUCGCCUUCAUCAACUCCCGCUGCGCCUCGGCCGGCGGCUCCUAUGGGCACCUGUCCAUCAGCACCAUCAGCCCGUCCCUGGGGUACCAGAGCCCACCUGGGCAGCAGAAGGGCCAAGGGCACCUGUACACGCCUCCCCCACCCUGCAGCUCCCACGAGCUGCCCACGCGCCCGGGGCUGCAGCACCCGCCCGCUCGGGGGGGCCUGAAACACUGCCAGCUGAAGCUGGAGUGGAGCCUGAGCAGCCCCCUGAGUGCCAAAUUCCCAGAGGAGCGAUCUGAGGGUGACAUCUCCAGCCCAGCAUCCACGGGCACCCAGGACCCCUUGCUGGGCAUGCUGGAUGUUCGGGAAGAGCUGGAGAAGGAGGAUGGGAAACCCGAGUGUGAGGCUGUGUAUGAGACCAACUGCUACUGGGAUGGCUGUGCCAAGGAGUUUGACACUCAGGAGCAGCUGGUGCACCACAUCAACAAUGAGCACAUCCACGGGGAGAAGAAGGAGUUUGUGUGCCACUGGGCAGCGUGUUCCCGGGAGCAGAGGCCCUUCAAGGCUCAGUACAUGCUGGUGGUGCACAUGAGGCGUCACACAGGGGAGAAACCUCACAAGUGCACGUUUGAGGGCUGUAACAAAGCCUAUUCCCGCCUGGAGAACCUCAAGACCCACCUGCGCUCGCACACGGGUGAGAAGCCCUACGUGUGUGAGCACGAGGGCUGCAACAAGGCCUUUUCCAACGCCUCUGACCGCGCCAAGCACCAGAACCGCACCCACUCCAACGAGGUACGGCCCCACCCCGGGCUCCCCAAUCAUUCCUGUCCUUGAGAACUCCGGGGACACGUCAAGACCGUGCACGGCCCCGACGCCCACGUCACCAAAAAACACCGAGGGGACGUGGGGCCGGGCCGGGCAGUGCCCGCCCCCGGUGCCCCCCCGGAUCUGAAACAGGAGAAGGACGCGAACGGCCCCAGCGAGGCUCGCAAGGAUGAAGGGAAGCUGCUGGUGCCUGAGCUGGCCUUGAAGCCUCAGCCCAGCCCAGGCGGGCAGUCCUCGUGCAGCAGCGACCACUCGCCCCUGGGCAGCACCACCAACAAUGACAGCGGUGUGGAGAUGGCAGGAAACGCUGGUGGCAGCUACGAGGACCUGUCCACGCUGGAGGACGUGGUGCCCGGGGAGCCCAUGGGCACCUCGGGGCUCAUGGCUCUGCACAAACUGGAAAACCUUCGCAUCGACAAACUGAAGCAGCUGAGGAAACCUGCGGCUCCCAAGGGCCUGAACCUGCCCCCCAUCCCUGGAGCCGGCCUGCCCGGGGAGGUUCCCGGUGUCCCGGUGCCGCCGCCAGCCUCUCACCGGCGCAUCGCCGAGCUGUCGGCAGCAGAGCUGGGCCUGGCGGCGCCGGGCGAGCGCCGGAGCAGCGGCACCAGCACCGUCAGCUCUGCCUACACCGUGAGCCGCCGCUCGUCCCUGGUGUCCCCGUUCCUGGCCGGGGCCGUGCCCGGUGGCCCGUGCCCGGGGGACGGCUACGAUCCCGUCUCUCCGGGCGAGUCGCGGCGCUCCAGCGAUGCCGGCGUUUGCGGGGUUCUGCCGGGCGUGGGCAACCUCACCCCGGCGCAGCGUUACCGCCUCAAGGCCAAGUACGCCGCGGCCACGGGCGGCCCCCCGCCCACCCCGCUGCCCGGUGGCCACUGUGGCUACCCCGCACCUCCCGGACCUCGCUGCGUCGCCAACGGCUUGUUGAGAAGGCACAGCUCCAACGAGCAGCCCGGCUACCCGGGCAGCGUCCCUGCUCAGCUGCUGGCGCCCCGGCACGGCGUGCGGCGGGCGAGUGACCCUGCCCGGACGGUGGCCAAGCCGCCGGCCGUGCCCAGGGUGCAGCGGUUUAAGAGCGUGGGGAAUGUGAGCGUGCCAGGAGGAGCCAGGACAGCGCUGCAGCCCCUGGGCGGCUCCGAGGCCAACCUGCAGCGCCACGGCUUCUCCCCACGCCCCCCCAGCAUCACCGAGAAUGUUUUCCUGGAGAGCGUGGGGGGUCCCGGCCCCGAGUCCGGCCUGCUGGACAUGGAUCAGUACCUGAGCUAUCCCGAGGAGAGCUUCCCGUGCCAGGGCCCCGCUGUGGAGCUCCAGGGUGGCGUCUACGGUGCUCAGCGGACCAUGGUGGGGACACACGGGGACAUGGAGGAGGGGCUGCUGCAGCCCGAGUUCUCCCUGCCGCAGUGCCAGAUGAACCAGCGCUUCCCCGGUUUGCCUGCUGGGAACGGGGCGGUGUCGGAGCCCUGGGAUGGGCCCCCCCAGGGCACGCUGGACAUGAGCUCCAGGCAAAGUGCCGCUCCUGCCAUGUCCGGGCCGCACUGUCCCCAUCAAAGCCUCGAGUACCCCCAUCCCAGCGCCUGUGGCCAGCAUCCCAAACUGGUCAGCUCCUGCCAGGACAGCGAAUUUUCCAGGGGGCACCGGUUUAACCGACUCCAGAUCAAAUCCGAGCAGCGAUACCCAGCGCCCAGCCCAGCACUUGCUCCCUGCCCCAGUGCCAAACUGGGCGGGCCCCCAGCGUCGCCCGCUGCCUUCGGCCACGCCGUGGACGUGGGGCCGGGCGGGUUCCCCCCUGUAGCGGGCGGGUACCUGGGCGUGGGCAGCCCGGGCACCCGCCGAGCGCAGACCCCCACCCUGCAGACCAAAGAGGUGAUGGUCCGGAACUACGUGGAGGCGCAGCAGGCGCUGAUGUGGGGGGAGCAGCCCCCGCCCAAGGGGAGCGUGGCUGGCGUGGGGCUGGGCAGCGAGCCCGGGCAGUGCCAGGCUGCGCCAGCCCCGCCCUACCUCAGCCCCAGGUACUGCGGCUACCAACCCAAAGCGGAUCAUCUGCAGGAGCCCCAGCACCUCCUGAGCCCCCCCUGCUUCAGCCCCGAGAUGAUCCCACACCCUCCAGGCGGCCCCAAACCGCCGGGUCACCAAGCCAGCCUGAGCUCCUGGGCACAGCCAGGGCAUGGCUACGAGGGCGUGGACACCAGUGGCCGCCGCCUGCCACGCUUGGGGGGGGGGCGCCCCGCGCCCGAGGGGCCCGGGAACCUCCCCCUGUACUACCCAGGGCAGAGCCCGCACGGGCAGGGGGGCAAAGGCGGGCACAAGCUGCUGGGCCAGGGGGCAGCGAGCUGCGGGGGGAGCGGGCACUACGGCCCGGAGGGACUCAGGGGCACCUCCUGUUACUACCUGGACUCGGGCGAGCAGGUGGCCAACAGCCUGGACUCACUGGACCUGGAGAACACGCACCUUGACUUUGCUGCCAUCGUGGAGGACGUGGAGACCCCCCCAGCGCUGCCCACCCCCCAGCCCGGCUGGGGGCCCCCCAGCCCGGCUGGGGGGCUCCUGCUGCCCUCGUCUGGGGGUGCCAACAUGGCAGUGGGGGACAUGAGCUCCAUGCUGAGCACGUUGGCGGGGGAGAGCCACUUCCUCAACUCGCUGUCCUAA